AGCUCGUUAUGUGUAUCGUUGAUGUGUUUAUAUUUACUUACUGUAUGGUGAUGGCAAGAAGCAGGAAAAUUUUGAAAUACUGGUUUCUUAUCGCUGUUUUAGUAGUUAUUUUCAUUGCUGAAAUCGUACCCCAUUUAACUGCUGAUGGCGGUUUACCGUGGCCCGACACCAGCGCGAAGUACGGAACAGUACCAAUCGUAUUUCUUUUAAGUGGCUUAACUCUUCCAACCGAUAAUCUGUUGACUGCUGCCAAACAGUAUGAUUUACAUUUCGUCACCCAGUGUUUUUCACUUUUAUUUACUCCACUCUUCGUCAAACUUUUGACUGUUAUUCUUGCGCCAACUGGUGUGGAUGAUUGGAUUAUGAAAGGUUUUAUCAUUUCUAGCAGUAUGCCUGUCUCAUCGUCAUCCGUCGUGGCUACUAUUUGUGCAGACGGCAACGAGGCAGCUGCAAUAGUAAACUGUAUUGUUGGUGCACUUCUUGGAAUGAUAACGACGCCACUUAUAUUGCUGAUACUGAUAAGAUCAGCAGCAGUGGUUUCACCUGUCAAAUCAUUGCAUGACCUAAUUCUCACUGUGGGCAUACCACUGCUUGUUGGGCAAAUUGUUCGCAAAGUAACUGGAAUGAGACUGCAACAAAGUAUUGCAUUGAAGAUUAGACAGUUGGCGUUACUGAUGACUGUGUUUAUAACCUUUUGUGACAUCUUUAUGUCACAUCUAGAUGUAGAAUUACAGCCCAUUAAUGUACUAGUUUCAGUUUUCUCAGUGGUAAUUCUACAAAUGACAUUGCUACUUCUCAUUUUUUGGACAACCAGAUAUCUGCCAUCAAAGUUUUCACUACAGGACACAAAGGCAAUUAUGUUCUGUUCAACACACAAGUCUCUCUCCCUUGGGCAAGCUUUAAAUAAAGUACCAAAGUAUUUUUGGUUUGGUGUUGAUGAAGGGCACUAUAUGCAAUAAAGAAAUAAUGUCAGCUUAUGGUAAGAGGCAUGUUUGUGAGUGAGGUGUAAAAAUUAUUCAAAUUCUGAAUUAUGCAUGGAUGCAUGGUUAUGUUGUUCCAGACAAAGGUAAUGUGAAGCUUCUGCAAUUUACUUAUUACAGGAGGUAUUUACCUGAACAAUAUUUCAUGCAUUUUCAGUGUGCAACUUUAUUGUUAUGUACUAUCAAGUGUAGCACUGACUAAUUUGUUCCUGCAUUUCCUGUUGCAUGAGAUUUUUGAACUAUUUCUAGAAAUUGCUUUAGCACUGAUAUCAAAUGUGUCACUGGCUAUGUUUAUUUUCUGUAAUUGUGAUGAAGUGUGAAACUUUCAGUUGUUGCUUAUAAUGCUGUGGAAUGAUUCAUAGUUUUUCCUUCACAGGCUCUACAGUGUCAUUUUGUUGCAAAUGUAUUUUAGUGUAAGUUGUUUGAUGUAUAAUGUUUCAAAAGGUUCCGUGAUUUGCAGUCAUCCUUAAAACAUGAUGCAUAUGAUCAAGUUAGCCACCUGAAGUACAGCAAAAUCUGAACUUUAUACAGCUUUAAACUGUUUUGGUGUAUCAUUGUCCUUUGAUUGUGUUGUCAGAGGAAAAUAAACAUCCAUGAUUAUGAUUUUUGAGAGAUAAAUAACUAUGUAAAUGUCUGAUGCCUUCUGUAAUGCUUGGAUAUUGGUCACCGUCUGCAAAAUCUGAAUAUAAAGUUUACCUAUAAAUCUUAUUUUGCAGUUGCUCUUGGUGACCAAGACAAUGGACUUUAGCAUAUUGUGUGUCACAACUACGAGAAAAUGCUUCAUGACUGGACAAAAUUAGGAUACAAGUAUAUGCACUCAGAUGUUCCCAGGAUCCUAUAAAUGACUUUUACUUUUGGCUUGUUAGUUCUAUAAGUGUUAGCGAGACAAACUAUCAUUUUCUCUCUUAUUACAGUAAUGCAUCUGCAGUAUGAACCAUCCCACACUCUGAGGAACUGCCAGUUCCAGUUUUUAAUGGUUUUGCCUAUCCACAGGAUAAAGUGAACAACUGAGUUAUUGGCCUCAAGGCUGCAAGAUGAACUCUACAACUCUGCUAAGUUUCAUAUUUUCUAAAGUGGGAACAGAAGUUUUAGAAUUUCUUCUGAAGAAAAUCACUAUAUUUAUUGCCAUGAAAAUAAAGGCAUUAGCAAAUUGGCAAGAGAUCCUUAAUAGUCCAUAUAAAUUGUGAUUGUUUCGUGACAGCUCCAAGCACAGUCCUAAGUAUGUUCCCUUGCUCAACAGGAAAAUAUACAUUGAAGUGAUGAAUAAAAAAGUAAUGACUGAUUUACUAGAACAUUAUAACCACAACUGUUAAUGCUAACAAAUCACAGAAUCUACAUCUGUACUCUGCAAGGCACCUUAUGGCAU